AUGUCUUACGCCUCCGUCGCCGCCGCAAACGCCCCGCCCAAAAACCAGCAGCCCCACCCAGAUCCCGCCCUCCUCAAUACAGCCGUCCCAACCCAUUCUCGCGUCGCCGACGAUGCCGCCAAGCUCAAUGUCGUUUCACCCGACUUCAAGCAAAAUCCCCAGACCUCCACCUCCGAGGUAGACAGAAUCGACGCUAGAUCCCCCUCUCCGGAACGUAAGGCGCAAAGACGCGUCGAAAAGGCAGAAGCGAAAGGUGGGGACACCUGGGACACCGUCAAGCACUACCUCAUCCGCCCGGGGGUUGCUGGCGGCCUCAUGGGCAUCGUGAACAUUGGAAUCUUCGGUGCCAUGGGUCGCGCCUUUUAUGUGCAGCCUGGAUUACGGCGCGACGCCGCAGCUAUCUCCAUUGCGAUCGCUGUGUCUGUAGGGUUGCUUUCCAUUGAAGGCUUCGCAGCAGAACAAUAUCGGCAGACUCCUAGAGGGCAAGAAGAGGAGCGCCGAGCUAAACAAGAAGGUGCACUCAUUUUCAAGCAUGCCCGCGAGCAGAUCUUGAGACCAGGCGUGCUCGGAGGCAUUGUUGGACUCGUCAACACUGCGAUCCUUGGUGUAGUCGGUUACGCGUCGUAUGUAAACUGGGGAAAGACCUGGGACCGCCGCACGGUGUCUGCGAUAUCCAUUGGCCUCUUGACGCUUUGGGGAGGAGAAGGACUUGUCGCGGAGAGGCUGAGGUCCAGGAAGUAG